AUGCAGCAACCGGGUAACACAUACGAAAAUCCAGGUUUUCAGUUGACUACCGUUGACGGAAGUCAGCUGUAUAUGGACAUCGCAGGUUUUGAAGGCAAGGCGGCUAGGUUGACUACACCGAAACCUAAAGGUAGAAGUGUGAGCGCUGGACAGGCUCAUCGGGAAAACAUCGUCGAAAUUCGGCAGCUCGUCAUGAAUAACGAUGGCGGUGUGAACGCUCAAGAAAAUCCACUGUACGAAGUAACUCCGAUCACUGGACGUCGCCUGAACGUCAACACAGGAAAUGAUAGUAAAACAUCCAGAAGAUUAGCCUCGCCACCAAAGACCUCACCGAAACCCAAAUCAAGGAGCGCGACCACAGGAGAAAUCGAAAAGGAGAAAGUUCCACCUGAAAAACCCGUACAGUUUGACACGGAUUACGAUGUGGGUGUCUAUGAAGUUGUAAAAAGCAACAACAAUGAUAUGCCAAAGCAACAGAUCAAGCAAGUAUCAGGGGGAGGGCAACCGGAUAAAGUGUACGACUCCAUAACGCAGACAACGCAACAGCAAAUAGAUUCGUUACGUCGCACGUUGCGUCUAAUGUCUUUGCUUCUUGUGAUAGUUUGUCUGACGGCAGUGGUGAGCUUGGUGUUGAUACUGGUCGAGAUAAGGAAUUCAUCAUCAUCAGGUAGGGUGGGCUUAGAUGCAUUACGAAAGGGAUUAAAGGGGUGGGGGACGGGUGCUAAAGCAAAAUAACUCCACCAGGACUAUCCCGUAUUCGAAUGCGAUGUAGAGAAGCUUAAAUCUUUAUUUCCAGUGUCAGCCAGCAAAAAUUGUCUGAGGUAUAAAUACCGCCCGUAACCUCACAUUAACUAAAUUUAUUGUUAUAUUUUGUCUCAAAUUGUUUUGUUGCCUUAAAAAUCCUUCGAUUCUACUGCCAUGCCAAUAUCCCCGUCUAACACACAUUCAGUCUCUCCGCCUAUGCUACAAAGCCCGGGAAAGGAAGAUCUGGUAAAGUUUGAUUUCGAGCAUGCUCAGUAGCAGUGAGGCCCGAUAUACGGGCCUUACUAUAACUGCGCAUGCUCGUCCUUACUGUUGUGGGGAAACAGAUAUACUUUGGAAAGAUAAGAAGCGGUGGCGCUGGAGCGAAAUAAUUUUGACGAACAUGAAAAAAUUUUCAUGUUGAACUUUUUUUUUCAUCUAGGUCUAUCGGAUGGUGGCUGUACCGGUUGCAUACAAAAUGCGCACUUUCAAGAAAUAACAGAACUGAAAGAAGCGUUGAACUUCACUAGUCGUCAGUUUGACAUCGUCAGAAGUGAACUCAAAAGGCAGAACGCGACAAUAACCAACAUAACGUCGAAGGUAUCAGGAACAUUCUGAACAUGUGGGGUGUCUUGGUCACAUCUUAGUGAUGAUUCAAAUGAUUCAGCCCAGUAAAAAUUCUAAGCAGGUGUCUUUCAGCCCAUUCUGGAUAAGAGUGAACAGGAGAAAUUGCUCUUUUUAUUUAGGGGAAUCUCGGAAAAUUAACACUUGUCCAAAAAAAAAAAACAUCUAGAGAAAUACUGGAAAAAAAUAGACAUGGCACCAAGUGGAUGAUAACCAGUAUUAUUUCGAAUAGCAUCUUGUAAAAACAAAUAACAUUUUAUAUUAUUUUGUUUAUAAUAUGUAUUGUGAAUUGACUUCCAACGGUUUACACAGAGCCAGGGCGCCAGUGCCUAGUCUCGAUUGUUUUAAGUAAACGGGAGUGUACGUGUACGGGAGCGUUGUAUAGAGGGUAUUACAUGGCCGCGCGAGAUACGAACUUUUUCUUCGAGUGUUGAAAUGUUUCACGAGUGAGCGCAGUAAUAUUCUAUUUAUUAUAUAGACACCAUUUCGCUUUGAUAUUUUUUGGCCGCGAAAGUCGCGAUUUAUCAUUUAGCCAUAGCAACGGUGAUCUUUUCCAUGUGAAGAUGACAUGUUAUUUUCACGUGUAAAGAUAUCAUGUUUUCGCGCGCGAAAGCUCACCUGGUAUUUAAUUGGUGGUUAUAUAAUAAAGCUCAUUUCCCACAUUUGUUUCACAGGGAUCCGAUUACAGUCGUUGCCAUGGACCAAAAGGACCACGAGGGCUUCCAGGCCGACAAGGACAGAAAGGGCCGCGAGGACACGAAGGAUCGCAGGGUCCUCAAGGGCCCAGGGGACCAAUGGGCGUCAACGGGUCUCAAGGCCCACCGGGAGCCCCUGGACGACAAGGACCAAUGGGCCCUCCUGGGUACAAUGGGACACAAGCAGCUGGGCAACCUGGCCCACCAGGGCCCCUAGGACUUCCAGGUCCACCGGGAAGGCCUGGUGCUGGUAAUCUGACUCUUUGUCAGUACCGGAAAGAGAAGGGUACAUCACACACAGCAGGACUCGGGGCGGAGUCGGAAGUUUCGCUUCGGGAAGAUAAACAUCCAGUACGUGAUAAAUCCGUUUUGCAAUAUUACAUUUAGGCAAUGUUCACAAUUUAACGGAUAGCUUUUCUUGCCGACACAAAGAGUUAUCCGAACGUUUAUACUCAUCAUAAUGAGAGAGAACAGCAGUAUGGUUUAUUCUUUACUGAAGGAAACUUCCAAGUUAGUCUUUUGAGGAAGUACAAAAACAUGGUACGUUUUUGCAUCACAAAAAAAAAUCCGAUGCUUGGGCCCAGAUUUUUUUGUCCGAGUUUUCAUUUAAUGCAAAAACGUACCAUGUUGUUGAGGGAAAUUUCUCAAAUAUAAGCUCUCAGGUACUUAAAUAAAAGCUUAAAAUGGGAAGUUUUUUGCGUGUUUUGGGGCACUUGUACGAGUUCAAAGCGCACACCGGCCUACCCACGGGAAUAAAGGCAAAGGUAGUAGCGAGCCUAAUGUUUUGCACUUCAAGGGUAUAACACCUUUGACACGGCCCUAAGCCAUAUUCGACAACAACUUUGCUCUACCUCUGACGCGAAACAAAGCAUUGGCCAUUUUGAUAUUUCUUAUCCAUAGCAGCUCGAACGCAAUUUAAUUAGUGAAACUAUGGUUGUUUGUACUUUAAACGGCGGUCGUUUAUUCGUUCAACAUAAGCCUUAUUACUGUUGGCCAUACCUUUUAAGUUUACAGGCGUUACUUUUGAAGCUACUCUCUGCUCCUCCACUAACUAUGAUGCAUCUUGCCUUUUUAGGGAUGGAAAAUUAUCGCCGCCACGUGUUCAACAGAGGGUGAUGCAGAGUACGUUUUCAAAGACCGACAGUUUGUGCCAGCAACAAAUAUACCGCUAUACAGAUGCGACUGUAAAGGACACAAGACUCAUGCUUCAGGGAUUAUUAAGUGUGUUAUACACUACUGGAUAUGCCCCAUUGUCAGCUAA